CAUUUGAGGACGUUCCUCUUGGGUAAGACUUUUUAAGGCAAAGCAAACACAAAUAUUAUGUACUGCUCUUUAGAAAUCCAGCAGCCAACUAAAUCUCUUAAUUCACGCAGUUGAAGUGUUGGAGAGAAAAUGAAAAUUCCUACAAGUAUGAAAUAAAACACAGCUACCUUGUUGUCAGGGAAAAAAACUGCUCCAAAAGAAUGUGCUUUUCUCCCAUUGUGGAAAUCAACAUGCAGUCUGAAUCUAACAUUACAGUGCGAGAUGACAUUGAUGACAUCAACACCAAUAUGUACCAACCACUAUCAUAUCCAUUAAGCUUUCAAGUGUCUCUCACUGGAUUUCUCAUGUUAGAAAUUGUUUUGGGACUUGGCAGCAACCUCACCGUAUUGGUACUUUACUGCAUGAAAUCCAACUUAAUCAACUCUGUCAGUAACAUUAUUACAAUGAAUCUUCAUGUACUUGAUGUAAUAAUUUGUGUGGGAUGUAUUCCUCUAACUAUAGUUAUCCUUCUGCUCUCACUGGAGAGUAACACGGCUCUCAUCUGCUGUUUUCACGAGGCUUGUGUAUCUUUCGCAAGUGUCUCAACAGCAAUCAACGUUUUUGCCAUCACUCUGGACAGAUACGAUAUUUCGGUAAAACCUGCCAACCGAAUUCUAACAAUGGGCAGAGCUGUCAUGUUAAUGAUAUCCAUUUGGAUUUUUUCUUUUUUCUCCUUCCUGAUUCCCUUCAUGGAGGUCAAUUUUUUCAGUCUUCAAAGUGGAAAUACAUGGGCAAAUAAAACACUUUUGUGUGUCAGCACGAAUGAAUACUACACUGAACUGGGAAUGUAUUACCACCUGCUAGUACAGAUCCCAAUAUUCUUCUUCACGGUUAUAGUCAUGCUGAUCACCUACACCAAAAUUCUUCAGGCUCUUAACAUUCGGAUAGGUACACGAUUUUCAACAGGACAGAAGAAGAAAGCAAGAAAGAAAAAAACAAUUUCUCUAACCACACAACACGAGACGACAGACAUGUCGCAAAGCAGUGCUGGUAGAAAUGUGGUCUUCGGUGUAAGAACUUCCGUCUCUGUAAUCAUUGCCCUCCGGCGGGCUGUGAAACGGCACCGUGAAAGGAGGGAGAGGCAGAAGAGAGUCUUCAAGAUGUCUUUAUUGAUUAUUUCUACAUUUCUUCUCUGCUGGACACCAAUUUCUGUUUUAAACACCACCAUUUUAUGUGUAGGCCCAAGUGACCUUUUAGUAAAAUUAAGAUUGUGUUUUCUAGUUAUGGCUUACGGGACAACCAUAUUUCACCCCCUCUUAUAUGCAUUCACUAGACAAAAAUUUCAAAAGGUCUUGAAAAGUAAAAUGAAAAAGCGAGUUGUUUCCAUAGUGGAAGCUGACCCCUUGCCUAACAAUGCUGUCAUACAUAACUCUUGGAUUGAUCCGAAAAGGAACAAGAAACUCACCUUUGAAGACAGUGAAAUAAGAGAGAAAUGCUUAGUACCUCAGGUUGUCACAGACUAGAGAAAGGACUUAAGUUUCACCAAAUGCAUAUUCAGAAGUGUUUUUAAAUUGUAAAAAGUGAAGUAACUGCCAAAUAUAAGACAAAUCAUUUUAAGUGCUGGUUAUGUUGUAAAUUUUCAAUGUGAAUGUCAAAUAGAUUAGGUCAUAUAUACUCAAUUUCUUCAUUAAUGUAUUUGUUGCAUGGCAGUUUGUUAAAAUAGUAUCAUGUGUAUAUUUUGUCAAUAUUCUGUCCAUCAGAUAUUCAUGUAAGUCAUAUUUUCUAAAGAAUAAAUACAUAGCCUUAAAAC